UUGCUUUCACCUGGAACGAUCUUGAAUCCUCAUCGAAGCCUCCUUACUGCUUCCGUUCAUUUCAUUUUCUGCAUAUAAAAUAAGAAGGAAAUUUCUUUUCUUUGUAAAAAGAAGCUUCUAGAAGGGGGAAGCGCAGAGAUCAUCGGUUUACGCUUUACGGUGAACAGAAGGGAAGAAAGAGGAAAUGGUGUUGGGUUCGGCAUUGAGCGCAGCAGCCAAACAAGCUGAGCAAUUGAGGAAAGAUGGCAACAUUUAUUUUAAGAAAGAUCGUUUUGGGGCUGCAAUCGAUGCUUAUACUGAGGCCAUUACUUUAUGCCCUAAUGUUCCUGUAUAUUGGACGAAUCGCGCUCUUUGCCAUCGCAAGAGGAAUGAUUGGUCGAAGGUGGAAGAGGAUUGCCGGCGAGCUAUUCAGCUAGACCACAGUUCCGUUAAGGCACACUACAUGUUGGGGCUCGCCUUGCUUAAGAAGAAAGAAUUAGAUGAAGGGGUCAAGGAACUACAAAAGGCAUUGGAUCUUGGAAGGGGUGCAAAUCCAAAGGGUUAUAUGGUAGAUGAGAUUUGGCAAGAGCUUGCAAAAGCAAAGUACUUGCUAUGGGAGGAUGCAUCUUCCAAGCGUUCAUGGGAAUUGCAAAGUUUGAAGGAGGCUUGUGAAACUGCUCUUAGAGAAAAAUAUUUCCUUGAUGAUCAACCAGAAGAUUUUUUAGACGAGGGUAGUAUUGCUCAUAUGAAACAACUGGAGGCUCUGAGACAAGUGUUUAGGAAAGCUGGUGAAGCUGACGUCCCUGCUGUGGUGCCGGAUUACUUGUGUUGUAAAAUAACACUUGAUAUUUUCCGUGAUCCUGUUAUUACUCCUAGUGGAGUUACGUAUGAGAGAGCAGUGAUCCUUGAGCAUCUUCAGAAGGUUGGUAAAUUUGAUCCAAUCACACGUGAACCACUCGAUCAAUCCCAGCUUUUUCCGAACUUGGCAAUAAAGGAAGCGGUCCAAGCAUAUCUAGAUAAGCACGGUUGGGCUUACAAAAUGGACUAAAUGGCGAAAUAUUGAUGUAGCUUUGCUGGACAUGCCAAUUAUUUACCAGCACAGUGAAAUAUUCGGAAGUAAUUGGUCAGUCAGCAAUUCUGCAUAUCUAUGUUUGGUUUAAGCAAUACCAUGGCAUGUGAUCCUUUGAAAUUGCACAGUUAUUGUCAUAACCUUGUACAUAUUUAUCCAAACCAAUUGAAC